AUAAAACUAUUUCGUAAUAUUUAUCAAUUUCGGUAACCUAUUUAACUUGGCAAUUGAGGUUUUAGGUCUCAGUUGAGACUUGAGAGCACGCUCUGCACUAUUUGCAAGUAAUUAUUUUGAAGUUGUUCGGAACCAAACCAAUCACCAUGCCUAAUGUCAAGUUCUACUACUUCCCUGUUAAGGCUCUCGGUGAGAGUGUUCGUCUACUCCUCGCUUAUGGUGGCCAGGACUUUGAAGACAACAGGAUUUCCGAGGAGGACUGGCCUGCGUUUAGGCCAUCGACACCUUUCGGUCAGAUGCCGGUACUAGAGAUCGAUGGUAAGGCUUACGCACAGAGCUUGGCCCUCUCCCGGUACCUGGGCCGCAAGUACGGCCUCUCCGGAGCCAAUGCUGAAGAGGAUCUGGAGAUCGACCAGAAUGUCGACUUCGUUAACGAUGUCCGUGCGAAGGCCGCGACCGUCCAAUACGAAACCGACGAGAAAUUGAAGGCCAAAUAUCACGAGGAUUUUACUAAAAAUGUCUACCCGGAGUUGCUCGAGAAACUUGACGAGAUCAUCAAAAAGAACAACGGACACAUUGCUGUUGGAAAGCUCACCUGGGCAGACUUCGUAUUCGCUGGAAUGUUCGACUACCUAAAGGUGAUGCUCCAAGUUCCAGACCUAGAAAAGAAAUACCCAAGCUUCCAAAAAGUGGUUGACGCGGUGUACUCUCAGCCAAAACUCCAGACCUACAUCAAGAAUGCACCUGAAACUGAAUUAUAAAUUAGACAAUAUUUCUUUGUUAAUAAAGUUAUAAUUUGUGAAUG